AUGGUCGCCUCAGGUUCCAACCCAGCAGUUAUGGAUCAUUCAUUUGGAACAAAAUUUUUUAGUGCAGGCCUAGCUGCUUGUUUUGCUGAUCUUAUUACAUUUCCACUAGACACAGCCAAAGUACGGUUACAGAUUCAAGGCGAGAGAGGUACAAAGGCAGGCAAGCUUGGUGUAUCAUCAAAAGCUGUUGAACAGGUAUUUAAAUACAAGGGUCCAAUUGGUACAAUACGAGUUAUCAUUCAAGAAGAAGGUGUGCGCGGUCUCUAUAAUGGAAUUAUUCCCGGUUUACAAAGACAGAUGUGUUUUGCAUCCAUCAGAAUUGGAUCAUAUGACGUUUUCAGGGAUUAUUACACAAAGCUCUUCAAAAACAAUCCUCAAAAGCCAUCGUUUGUUGCUCGAAUGACAGCAGGCAUUACUACAGGGGCCCUUGCCAUCAUGGUGGCCCAACCCACAGAUGUUGUAAAAGUACGUAUGCAGGCCCAGAGAGCUGGUGUUCCCGCUCGAUAUAAUGGCACCCUGCAUGCAUAUCGGACAAUUGCUUUAACAGAAGGAAUCCGAGGACUAUGGAAAGGAAUGACACCAAACAUUGCUCGAAAUGUUGUUGUCAAUUGUUCAGAACUUGUGACUUAUGACAUUCUCAAAGACUUCAUCCUCACCAGGAAUAUACUGAAUGACAAUCUGCCAUGUCAUUUUGUGUCAGCAUUUGGGGCCGGAUUCUGUGCUACAGUGAUCGCCUCACCUGUCGAUGUAGUAAAGACUCGUUUCAUGAACUCCAAGCAAGGACAGUAUAAAAGCGUGUUUAACUGUGCUGCGAAAAUGUACAAAGAAGGAGGACCCAUUGCUUUUUACAAAGGAUUCUUCCCAUCAUUCCUGCGUCUUGGUUCCUGGAAUAUUGUGAUGUUCAUCACUUAUGAACAGUUGAAAAGACACAUCUCAGCCAACAGGCAAGUGCUGGUCCACUAA